CAUUAAAAAUGACAUUUCAGAUGUGGAUGAAAUGGGUGCAGUUCCAAAAGAUGCGACAAACCUUGGCAGCACAACAUUUACGACAUGUCAGCGAUCAGCUUUUGUGCAAGAUUAUUUUACAAUUGUGGAGUGCUUUGGCAAAACAGACAAGGAAAACCCGAGAGUACUUUGAGCGUCUGGAACGAGGUGAAUUGGAUGAUGAGAGUGAUACACAAUUGGCACCUUCAAGAGAUAUGAAGGAUGUUAUUUCCCUCUUACCUUGGUCAGUUAUACUACAGGUUUUCAGUUAUCUUGGUGUUAAGGAACUGGUAAGAGCUGCAAAGGUUUGUCAAGUCUGGAAGGUGAUCGCACAGACAAGUUCUCUUUGGAGCAAGAUUAACUUCUCACCAGUAAGAAAACAGAUUGAAGACAAUGACAUAGCAAAUCUUUUGCGGAGCUUUCGUCCUUUUGUUAUUCAAUUGAGUUUUCGUGGAUUCAGCAACAUUGGUUGGGCAACUUUCAAAAGCAUCAGUGACUGUCGAAACCUGCAGGAUCUAAAUUUAACUGAAUGUGCAAAUUUAACUGAUGAAUUUGUGUCUAUGGUGGUGGAAAUGUGUACUUCACUUCUGUACCUGAACCUGGCUUACACUCCUAUUAGUGACGGUACACUGAGGUCAUUAUCAACGUUUGGAUUAAAUCUACAGUAUCUGAGCCUAGCCUACUCAAAGAAAUUCACAAAUAAAGGUUUGAAUUACCUUGCCACAGGGAAGGGCUGCCACAAGCUCGUCUACCUGGACAUUUCAGGUUGUACUCAGAUCUCAGUGAGAGGCUUCCGGUCAUUAGGAAUUGGCUGCAGUGAUAUUGAACAUCUUGUAAUCAAUGAUAUGGCAACUCUUACCAACAGCUGUAUCACAGCCAUGGUUGCUUACUAUUACAACCUGACUACUAUUUCACUCCUUGCCUCUCCUCACAUAUCUGAUGCAGCUAUUAAAGCUCUUGUCCAGGGGAAGAGGAUUACUAAAGUUAAAAUUGAAGGUAAUCAACAUAUUAGUGAUGCAUCUUUGAAAAUGAUCAGCAAAAAUUGCCCAAACUUGAAUCACGUCUAUGUGUCCGACUGCCCAAGGAUUACAGAUAAUAGCUUGAAAUCCUUGGCAACACUGAAAUAUGUCACUGUGUUGAAUAUUUCAGACUGUAUAAGUAUCACUGAUGGAGGCAUAAGAUAUUUUAUGGAUAGUCCCUCAGCUUCAAAGCUCAGAGAACUAAAUCUAAGCAACUGCAUUUAUAUUACUGAUUUAUCAUUGCUGAAAAUUGCACAGAGGUGUCAGAGUUUAACACAUCUGAGAUUGCGUUACUGUGAACGCUUAACUGACAGUGGGAUUGAGUGGCUCGGAAACCUGCCUGUUCUGAACACCAUUGAUCUAACAGGAACCAACGUACAAGAGCAGGGUUUAGGAAGUCUUUCCAACAACACCAGGAUAACAGAGUUUACAGUAGCAGAAUGUUCAGGAGUUACUGAUAUUGGAUUACAGAAAUUCUAUCAUAACAUGUACGAUCUGGGAUAUUUGGAUAUCUCCCAUUGCCUCCAAGUCUCUGAUUUGAGCACAAAGACCUUGGCUUUCUGUUGCAGAAGGCUGAUUUCACUGAACCUCACUGGAUGCCCAAAGAUUACUGAUUUAAGUAUCCAGUACUUGGCUGGGGUGUGCCAUUUCAUCUACUUCUUGGAUAUCUCAGGUUGUGUCAAUCUUACUGACUCAAUAUUCAAAUUUCUUAAGAAAGGCUGCAAAAAACUACGGGUUCUGAAGAUGCUUUACUGCACAAACAUCACACAGAGGGCAGGACGGACAGAAAACCAGAUUGUAGAAUCAGGUGGUGGAGACCCGGCAGCACUUCCAGUCCACUGA